AUCUGUCACUGUUGAAUUAUCAAAUUUGAAUGGAAUUUCCUUUUUUGAACUAUUUGUAACAAAAGAUUGUUAGGGGGGGGGGGGGGGGGAGAGGAGGAGGCACAUCACCUUAAUUGCUAGUCUGCAGCAAGAGAGAACAGCCACACUGAGAAACUGAAAUCAUUGAAAUUCUCAUAAACUUUUAAUUACAACAUACCAAGUACAUUUCCUAGUCAUUUCAAAGUUGAAAGCACACAUGAAAAACACUGUAUAGCCAGUAGGAGAAAAAGAAAAUAUUUUCACCCUGCAUUCCAUAAAAUCGCAGAAAAAGUGCAACUACACUGGUAUGUGAGAAUUACAUGAAUUAUAGUGUGAUCAAUCAGCACAACAAGUUUUACAAUUUAGAAACAAUAAGUUACUUGAUAAUUACACUAUGAAAGUUCUGGCAGAACAUAAAUACUAUAGGUGUACCAUCAGAACUGCUGUGAUGUGACACACACUCACUCACUCACUCACUCACUCACUCACUCACUCUGUAGGGUAAUACACAUGUUUGCAUGUGUUUUAUUUUUUAUGGCAUUUUGUGUGUGUGUGUGUGUGUGUGUGUGUGUGUGUGUGUGUGUGUGUAUUCUAGCUUGAGAAAGGAUGUACUUCAAAGGCUAGCAAGUUUUCCAUCCUUUUUAUGUACACCUCCCAAUGAUUCAACACUUUCGCUUUUCGGUAAGUGGUCUCAUUGACUCCUUAAAUAUUUACAAUUUACUAGACAAUUUUUAUGAAAUGUCUAAUUGCACUGUUUUUGCAUAUGUUAUAUGUUGCAUCAAAAAAGUAUGAAAAAAAUUGCUUAGGUCAGCAUUGCAACCUUUAUUUCAUUUUACUACUCUCCUAUUUCAUCAUAGCAGUGCUUCAAUAUCUGUAAACCCUUUUUCUCAAACUCAUCUUUGCUGGGUCCAAAAUAUUUAGUGUAAUAUUAUUUCAUAAUGCAUUUGUGGUUCUUAAAAGUCAGUCCCACUCUUGUUACUUUAAAAAAUAUAACAGCAGUGUAAACAGAUGGAAAAUAUGAGUUUCUGUGCAACAAAUCUGCUCCAUAAUAAAAGAAAAUGACUGUUUGGAACCAAGUAUGUGACUCUGAUACUAAUGUACAUAAUCAUACAAGGAAAUUCCAUAUUGUUAUCAUCAACAGGGGCAUUAACAAGUAGGCCUCUAAGCACUUCACCUACAGCAUUACACAGCUCAUUGCUAAUACAUACUUGCACUGUGUCAGAUGGCUCGGAGACAAGCCAUUUAAUAUCUUGGUAGUGAAAGAAACUUUCACGGCUACUUUUUGGCCAGCAGGUGGAGAAGAGGCACUGGCAUAUAGUUUCUGAUUAUCAUAAUUUGCAUUAGUAUUCUUCUAAACUUCUCUACACUAUCUGUCUCGUGGACUGAAAGCAUGUGACACUGUCAAUGGCGAUCCUGUUCUUUGAUUUUUCCUUGUAGUUACACUGGAAGAACACUGAGAAUCUACUAGCUUUUUGAUUUGUGGCAAAAAUUUGUGCAGAUCAUUUCUCGUAAAAGCAGCUGUUAAGAUAUAAUAUGUCUUAUAGUAGUGGUUCAUUUUUCCUCAAGAUGUAUAAUGGCUUAAGUCAAAUUACUAUCUGCUUAGAACAUCAGCUGCAUCUAUUAUUAUUGGAAUCACUUACUCACUCACUAGGCCUACAUUCUACACAUCCAAUUAUGAAAGAGAAUAUUCUGGGAUACAGAAUGACAUAAAUGUUUUAACAAAAUGAAGCACCUGUUAGAAAUUGCAUAAAUAACAUCUGUUCAAGUGCUAUAAAAUUAAACAUAGUAUAAAUAACAUAAUGCAGCCAAUUUGAAAAUUCUAUGGUUUCAUGCAUUCAUAAUAAAUGAUUAUGCUGCAUAUUCACACACAAGAUGAACUGGUGAGUUAUGCCUAAUAUAUCUGUAUGAGGCAAAAUGAAAAAUGGCUAUUUCUGAAUUGCAAUUUAAAUCUAACAAUAACACACUUGAUUGAUAAUCAACAAACCCAAUGAAUACGAACAGAAAUGGUGUUUUCCCAUUGUAUACUUAUUAGUAAAUGAAUACAUUGCUUGUCUUGGUCGGAUGAUUAUUUUAUUUUUCAUUUUAAGUUAUUCAUCCAUAUACAAUGCAACAUAGUAUGCAUGUUGUCAAACACACAAUCAGUAUAAUAAAGAAUAAAAAUAAGAAUAUUUCAGAGUAAGACCAUAAGUAAAAUUAAAUACUGUACAACACAACACGUAAAAAAAAACCACCAACGUUAAUUUAAUAGCAAUGCAAUAAAUCUAUAAAAUAUAAGGCAUUGUAAUUUCGGACAACAUUAACACUUGUUGUAAAUGAUUACAUUAUAGUAUUCGUCCUGUAAGAUUCUGUAACUUUUUACUGUAUUUAACCAAAGUAAUCACAUCACAUUGCAGAAGCAGUUGAACAUAGCCCAUUUGGAGUCAAAGUCCUUUGACAAUUUUUUUUCUUUAUGGCUUUUAUGGAAUCUGAAAUUUGUGUGCAUGUUUUUGUGAAUGGUCUAAUUAACUCUUAUUACAUCAAAAUUGUUAAUGGCCCUGUGCUGUAUGAAUGGAAGCCAGAAUUAUUUCUCAUCUUAUCUUCAUUUAAUUUUAUCUUAAUCACAUUUUUCUUAACAUGAUGACUGUUGCACGCAUAGUGACCAAUGUUUCAUCACUGGGCCAGGUAAGGUCAGCGUCUCAGGACACAUGUCUGGCUGAAGAAACAGUUGUCUGGAUAGUAUUCAUCUUGAAAUUAUUGUAAUUACUCCAGUUGAUCAGGUUUAUAAAAAGAAAACUUGAUGCCACACUUCAAUACAGAGCAGAAAUAUUAUAAAUGUGCAGCUUUAGCAUUAUCUAUGCUCCAGUGUUUGAGACUAAACAUAAAGCUAAACAAACUGUGCCCCACUUAUUUGUGAGAUGUAGACUAUGGGCACAACACUAUAGGAAUUCAUCCAGAUGCAUACGCUUGUUUUACUAAAAUUAUAGAAUUAGUGCUCGAAAGAUUUAUACAUUUACCAUUUACUGAUAAAGGCACCACCCACAAUUUUCACGACUGCUGUGGUAUCUUAGAACUUAAAUAAUAAGCACUCUGAGAUUCAGCACUAAAAACAGCUGUAAUUGCUUUACAUAAACAAUUACGCUACAGUGCAUUGUUGAACAUGUAGUAUCUUAUAAAAUACAUUGCGGAUUAUCUGAAAUCUUAAAUGUGGUGGCAUACUUAUUUGUAGGUCUAGGUCAGGUUGGAUGGCAAAAAAUCUGGUCUGGUUCCAUAUGUGUCAGAUGUCCAUGUCUAAUAACAGAGCUCUGUAUAUAUCAAUUACGUUAGUUUUGAUGAUUAGCCUACUUGAUAUUUCAACGUGUACAAAAUGUGUGUGUGUCCUUCGAACAAAGUUAAUAAACAUUCUGUGGUGAACCUAUCACUAUCCGUGGAGUCAAUUUGGAGCAAGCUUCCUCAGUUACUACCUUGUUACUAACAUAAAGGUAUUUUUCUUUGGGUGCCAUUACCAAUCUGCAAGAUGAAACACUAUUUUCUUAAGACACAGGCAUAUAAAGAAGGGAGUAAAAUGCACUAAAAAUAAUGUUCACUUUGAUACGUAGCAGAUAUUCCCACCGAUUACAUUUGACACACGCGUCAUAUGAACAUCGUAAACAUACUGUUUUAAAUCAAAACGUCAGGUGGUGUAAACCAGAGACACACAAUACAUUCAUUUUAUCAAACUAUCGAUUUCUCUUCGAAGUUGUCCACAAGGACGACAUUGAAAGGAUUAUAUUAAUAUAGCAAUAUAUUUCACUUGAGUCAAGAUACUUCACUUUAAAUUAAUAUUUAGAUUUUCUAUAUAGCAAAAAUUAAGUCGCACUCGAAAAUCUGCACUCGCAAUUUCGACUUAGCAAUCGAUAGCCGAGCGAGGGAUCGUAUUUUUAAACAGCUCUGGGCGUCCUAUAAGGCAGCGCUCCGCGGACCACAUGCGCAUGCCGCUUCGUGGAGCACGACAGCUGCGUGUUGUGCUCAUGGUUGAGCCGGUGAAUCUAUAGUUUUUUUUGUUAACUUGUGUAGUGCUCUUUUUUUAAUUUAAUUUGCAAGAAAUUAUGCCUUCAGAAAAGAGUGCUUUGAACAAUGCGCGGAGAGAUUCUUGGGGUGUCGAGUUGGGCGAUAUGGAUAAAAGAACUCGUUUUCAAGUGAACAGAGUUGAUGGCUCUUCUUCAAAAAAUGAAGAGGGCGACGAAUACGGUGAGAGCGAUCCACUGCGUGGACAAGGUGACGACUCCAGAAGAGGUUCGCUUGAAAAUUAUCGGCCAACUUCACCUAACAUGUUGCUGUCUCAUACUUCUGACACAUCUGGAUACGACACGCGUUAUGCCAAAAGCUUUCGCCACUUCACAAGAGAAGCCCUGCCAAGACUUGAUAAUUACCGCAAUAUUAUGUCGAUACAGGCAGCAUACCGACCAACAUUAGAUGAACUUCACAAUGCAACUUUACAUGGACAUGGAAAGCCUUCAGCUCCACCCACCAGUCUCCCUGGCGAAAUGGAAGGGCAGGUCAAGUUUGGUUGGAUUCAAGGAGUACUGGUCCGGAAUCUCCUAAAUAUAUGGGGUGUUAUGCUCUUUUUGCGUCUCUCCUGGGUUGUUGGACAAGCGGGGAUUGGACACGGCCUGCUGAUAAUAAUUUGUGCUAGUGUAGUAACUACACUAACAUCACUAUCUAUGUCAGCCAUUAGUACAAAUGGAAUUAUAAAAGGAGGUGGCACCUACUACAUGAUAUCACGAUCCUUGGGUCCUGAAUUUGGAGGAUCGAUAGGGUUAAUAUUCUCAUUAGCUAAUGCAGUUGCUUGUGCAAUGUAUGUUGUUGGAUUCUGUGAAUCCUUGGUUGGACUACUUAGUAUGCAUGGUGCCACUAUGGUGGAUGGCAGCCUAAAUGAUAUGCGUAUCAUUGGUGUUAUAACAAUAAUGUUACUACUCUGCAUUGUUGUGAUUGGAAUGGAAUGGGAGGCAAAGGCACAAAUGGUACUGCUUGUUAUUUUGCUGGUCGCCAUUGUCGACUUUAUGAUAGGAACAUUUAUUGGACCACAGAACGAGGAGUCAAUUGCUAAAGGUUUUUUGGGAUAUAAUGCCUCACUGAUACAGGAGAACUUCUAUCCAGAUUAUAGAUACAGUGAAGGAAUGCAACAAAACUUUUUUUCGGUAUUUUCCGUUUUCUUCCCAGCAGCUACUGGAAUUUUGGCUGGUGCAAAUAUAUCAGGAGAUUUAAAGGACCCAGAAGGUGCAAUUCCAAAGGGAACACUUAUUUCUAUUUUAAUAACAAGUAUCUCCUAUUUGCUCAUGGCAUUUAUGGCAGGAGCCUGUGUUGCCCGUGAUGCAACAGGCAGUGUGGAAGAUUAUAUAAAUGGAACAUUUUUGAAUUGUACUGGCACUAAGUGUGCUUGGGGGUUACAAAACAGUUUUACAGUGAUGGAACUGGUUUCUGGUUUUGGACCUCUUAUUUAUGCUGGUUGCUUUGCUGCAACUUUGUCAUCUGCUCUGGCAAGUUUAGUCUCAGCUCCAAAAGUGUUUCAAGCUUUGUGUAAAGAUCAGUUGUAUCCUUACAUUACAUGGUUUGGAAGAGGAUAUGGAAAAAACAAUGAACCUGUUAGAGGAUAUGUGUUGACAUUUUUCAUUGCAAUAGCCUUUAUUCUUGUAGGAGAACUGAAUGCUAUAGCACCAUUGAUCUCCAACUUCUUUUUGGCAGCUUAUGCUUUAAUAAACUUCAGUACAUUUCAUGCUUCACUUGCCAAACCAAUUGGGUGGAGGCCAAAAUUUAGGUAUUACAACAUGUGGCUUAGCCUUCUGGGAGCUAUUCUGUGUGUGGGUGUCAUGUUUCUAAUUAGUUGGUGGACAGCGCUCAUAACACUUGCUUGUGUUAUGGCUUUAUACCUCAUAGUAUCAUACCGAAGACCAGAAGUGAACUGGGGUUCUUCAACCCAAGCACAAACAUACAAGAAUGCCCUGCUUUCUGUACAGCAGCUGAACAAUGUUGAAGAACAUGUGAAGAAUUAUAGGCCUCAGAUAUUGGUACUAUCUGCGAUGCCCAGUCAUCGACCACCUCUGAUAGACUUCGCGUACCUUAUGACAAAAAAUUUAUCUCUACUAAUGUGUGGUCACAUCAUUCAGGAUGCCUUGAGUCAAAGAGUGCGUAAUGUGUUGACGUACAAAGCUCAUAACUGGUUAAAAUCACAUAAAAUAAAAGCCUUCUACACACACAUUGAUGAAGUGAAGUUUGAAGAGGGAGCAAAAGCUUUACUGCAAUCUUCUGGAGUUGGGAAGCUGAAACCCAACAUCCUAUUGAUGGGUUAUAAGGCUGAUUGGACAGAAUGUGAUAGAAAUGAACUAGUGAUGUAUUUUAAUGUGAUCCACAAGGCACUGGACAUGUACAUUGCAGUAGCCAUACUACGACUACAGGGUGGCUUAGAUUACUCAAAAGUGGUAGCUGAUGAAGAGGAUUUGUUGAAGAUGGCCAACGGUGUAAAUUCAGAGAAAGGUGUAUCAAUAGUGCGUCAGAAUUCCCAAGAAAGUCUUCCUCGAAAUCAGUCUUUCCCUCAGAUUUCACAAGCAAGCAGUGCAAGUGACUUGUCUGUACCCCCAACACCCAAUCUGAAGAAGGGAAAAAUAAACACUAACCCUGAUGCCACAAAUGUUGGAGAUUCAUCAGUGGUAACAAUAGAUCAUGAUGAUGAAAAUAAGAACAAAGCAGAAAGCCUGCGAGAAAAGAAGAAGAGAGAAUCAAAAGCUGAUCUUUACAGAGGUGCUGAUGGCAAUUCACUACCAAAAGAUGUGUUGAACAAUCUCACACAGUUUCAGAGGAACCAGAAGAAGGGCACAAUUGAUGUGUGGUGGCUGUAUGAUGAUGGAGGUCUCACUCUUCUGCUACCAUAUAUCAUUUCAACUCGAAGAAACUGGUCAGCGUGCAAGCUGAGAGUAUUUGCUUUAGCAAAUAAAAAGAGUGAACUUGAAUUUGAGCAGAGGAGCAUGGCAAGUUUGUUGGCAAAAUUUAGAAUUGAUUACUCUGAUUUAAAAGUAAUCCCAGAUAUAACCAAGAGGCCAAAGGACUCUACCAUUGCCUUCUUCGAAGACCUUAUCAGUAGUUUCAGAUUGCCUGAUAAUCAAGAGUGUGACAGCGGAGAUGGCAUUUCCAUUACUGAGGCAGAGCUUAUAGCGAUGACAGAUAAAACAAACCGGCAUCUUCGUCUACGGGAACUUGCGAUGGAAAACUCUCUCGAUGCUAACCUAGUUGUAAUGACUCUCCCAAUGCCGAGAAAAAAUGUGGUUUCUGCUGCACUGUACAUGGCAUGGUUGGAAGUACUUACCAGAGACAUGCCUCCAUUCCUGUUGGUCAGAGGAAAUCAGACCUCUGUGCUCACAUUUUACUCGUAGAAGUAUGCUGACAUUCCUUCUGUCUCUCUCAUGGACACAUCUUUCUGAAGAUUCAUGCAGAUUGCCCAAAAUAUUUGCAAGGCUCCUGGAUUAAUGAGAUAAAGUACUGAAAGUGAUGACAAUAUUUAUGCUUUCAUUUACAUACAUUUUGGUGUCAGUCUUCCAUCAGUGACUCAAUUUUGUACUUGGGUGACAGUGAUGCUUAUGAAGGAGGCAACAGUAUUAAUUGCUGAAAUGUAACUUUUCUUGCUAUAAUUAGUACUACUUGAUGUUGUGGAAAUAUAUCUUUGAGUCUGGUUUAGUUAUGUGGUUGCUGUCCCUUAAGGGAUAACCACAUUAUCAUUUCUUAUGUAUGUGUAAUCAUUCCAGAUAGCAGGAUCUUUCAGCAUUUUAAAAAAUUUAGUUUUCAAGUUAGAUGAUAGGCAACAGUUACAUCAUAGGAUUUGAAAUCCUUCAUUUUAUAAAGGAAAAUAAAAAUGAAACUAUGGAUGAAAUAAUUAAUCUGUAAAAGAAUGUAUUUAUUUUUGUAGAAAUGAAAACUGUGACACACGAAUCUCUGUAUGACUGAAAGUGUUACAGCCUAAUGUACAGCACAUGCCAUAAGAUAAAUGUACACUUCUUACUUUAAACUUAUUUAUACAUUAUAAUUGCAAGUUAAUUAUGUUGCUACAUCAUAUUUGUAUGUUAGUAGAAAAGAUGUACAAAGACAAUAAUUUUAGAACAUUUUAGUAUAUAUGAGUAGUCUCAUCUUCACUGUGUUGUGAGGUGAGGAUUUAGUGGAGAAAGUAUUCUGAAUAGUUUACAAAAUAUUAACUUUUGAGGUAACUGUUUACUAUAAACAGUAGAACACAGUAUUAUUUUUUCAUUUAUUAUUCUGAACAUAUAUAUAAAUGGUUCUGGCUAAUAUUAAGUGUCUCAAAGAAAUGUGAGCAGACUAACAUGUUACAUUGUAAUAUUCUUCCAUCCAUUUUCUUGCACAAUGUCAUUCACCAGUGAAUUUUAACCUGUGGAAUGACCAAAAGUAUUUUUAUACAAAUGUUUAAAAAUGCCUUGUCUUAAAACUAUUUAUACAUUGUUGUGUGAAUCAUUCAUAUUUUGUAUAAUUGUGAAUAUAAUCUCUCUGUAUUUAACUUAUGGAGUUAUCACUGAAAAUUAGUUAUCAUGUCUUCAAAAUUCCUGCUAUUGAUAUAUGCUCUUCUGGUGCAUUGUAAAAUCUACAAAGCUUUAAAAGAACAUUUUGUUAUCAUUAAUAGCAUUAUCAUUUAUGUGUUACACAACACUAAAACUGGUGAUGGAACUCAGUAUACUAAGCUUUAAAUGUUAUGAACAUGUUCACAAACUCAUAAGAAAAUUUGUGCAGGAUUUUAGCUAUAAUCCUGACAGAUCACUGGGGGCACAGUAAGUGUCCAAUACAUUCCAAAUUUAUUCAUCAUUUCAAGAAUGCCAUAGAUUGGUGUCUUACUAAUGAUAUUUUGUUCAGUAAUGACAGAUGCAGUCGUAUGUUCAUCUGAAAACCACAAAUGGUGUGUAUUUAUCAAAGUGAGUGCAUAACUAAUUGGUUAGAAUCAGAACCGUUAUCAUAUGAUAAGGGUAUUAAGUCUUGUGCUUUUUAUUAAACUGGAAAUCUUUCAGCUUAUAAAAUAGUAUAAUGUAUUUUCAAGUCUACAUUUACUUACACAUGCUGAAUGGAAGAGAACAAGGUCAUUGUUGGUUUUGUGUGUGUGUGUGUGUGUGUGUGUGUGUGUGUGUGUGAAGCAAAAUAUUAAAUGACAAAUAAAUUAUUUGGCACCUUUUUGACAAUUUAAAAUUUAUAUUUGCUGAAUAAAACUCUGCAGCAUGUACAGAAGUAACAAAGGUUGUAAUCUUUUUCGGUUGUGCACAUGUGAAUGUGCAAUUAAGUAUUCAGUAUAUGCUGCUGACUUCCUUUUACUUGACAGUACAUAUAAUGAACACUGUAUUGAUAUGGUAACAUUGUUAUUCUUAAUUUUAUACUUCUAGAGUGGUUAAUGUACUGUAGCCAGCAGAAAAAAAAUGUAAAUAUGCAGAAAAAGCAGACUGUUGCCAAGCAGUGUGUCAGUGAACUUCAUAAAAUGAAAACAGAAAUGUAUAAGUUGAACUUUUGCCUUGUAAAUUUUCUGCAUUUGUCAGUUUAAUCUGUACUGUUAACAUCGUAUCAGUAAAUGAUAUCACUCUUGUCACUUUGAUCUAGUAUGGUUGGAUGUGCGCAGUAGUUAACAGAGUAUAAUAUAAGCUGUUGAUUUUCUAUGGUUAAUGUUCAAGGCAUCAUGAAUAAGUUUUAUGCUCCAUAUGAAAAAUUGAUGUUUAUAUUUUGACAUGUAUCAGGUUUAAGAGGGGCAAAUCUGCUCUCAACAGUUUACUAUGUACACACACCUUUAUUGCUUGCUGACAUCAUUCUAUUUCUUAUUUACCCUACAGUAUUUUGCUGUGAGUUGUAUACCUUUGAUUCAUCAAGAAAUACACUUGAUGGAAAUGCUGUAAAGUUUUUCAGUUGCUUGUCAGUAAUACGUUGCAGACUUUUUAUUUUUUUUUGCCUUACAAAUAAAACAUUUCUGUGUUUAAUAAAGGAAGAAUUGUUAGUUGGUUACAGUUUUCGAACAGUGAUACAACUUACACUGAUUGAAAUUAAUUUAUAUAAAAUCAGCUGUAUGCACAAUGUGCACAACCUCAUAAAAUAUUUAUCAGUGGGAAAGAAGUGUCUUUCUUUCUUUCUUUGACAUUGAACAUAUUCAAAUAUGUAACAUUCUGAUAAUUAUUGUAACAUGAAGAGUAUCAAGAACUGGAUGUGUAUUACCAAGGAUAUUUUGAUAAAAUGACAUUGUAUCAAUAUAUGCUUAAAAUACAUGAGUUGUGACCUGUAUGUUUACUAAUAAUUACAAAAUACCAAUUUUUA